UUGCGCCAGUUUGCGCUUUAUUUUGAUACAAUCCCUUACUGGUGAUGUCAUUAAUGCUCGACUCGAUCACGUGAGGGAAAACAGGAAAUUUGACAAAACAGUGAAAGGCGAAGAUGACAACCGCUUUGACACAGGGUCUUGAGAGAAUUCCGGAUCAAAUUGGGUAUCUUGUCAUCAGUGAGGAUGGGGUAUUGGCGUCCUCGGGUGAUCUGGAAAAUGACGAACACACAGCAGGAGUGAUCAUGCAGAUGGUGCGUACAGCCUGCCGUUUCCGACUCAACGGAGCAGCGGAACCUCCUUUCAAACGCAUGUCGGUGAUGUUUGAGGACUACGUGUAUGCUGUAACCGUCUCUGGACAGAAAGUAUUUGUGGUGAAACGACAGAAUAACCAAAGAGAACCUGUGACUGUAUAGAGAAGAAAAGACUUCAUGUGAACUACAGCAGAACAGUCUCCUGUGAUCAGGCUGAUGUGGCGCGAUUGCUUCCUCUUUAUAUUGUCAUUUUUAAAAAGGUUACAUCGCUCGUCUAGACAGGGUAGACAUGCCUUACUCCCUGGUAAGACUGAGUUUGCAAGAUAUUGUCAUUUAUUUCUUUGGUUUUAACAAAUUGUUAUAACAUGCAGAAUAUUGUGUAGCGGAAUUACGGUAUCAGGUCAGGCUGGGCUUUUCCCGCAUAAUGUAUUGUUUAGUUCAGUGAAAUUAAGAGUAAAAAAAUUACCAACUUUUUAAAUUAGGUAUAGUUAUUUAUUCAUUAAGACUAUUUGUUAUACAGCAGGCCAUAACACUGACCACUUGUAUAUGUGAUCACAUGUAAAUCAUACCUUAAAUUAUGAGAGCUGUACAAUAUGUUCAUGUUGUGGAAUCUGUGGAAUGAAAUUGUUAACAUCUACUGAAUCCUUCAUAUGCUUAUGACUAACAAAAUAAAGUAUUUUUGAGUGUA